AAUGCUAUGAUAUGAUAUUUGACACAGUUCCUUUUGCUUGGCUGAACAGGUUGAUGAUCCAGUUAUGAUCAUUUGUAGUGACAUUUCAGGUAUUCUUCUUUCAAGUUACUUAAAACAAUUAUGACACUACAUUUUGGCCUGGUGUGGGCCCGUCACUGCAAUGUUAGAACAGUAAAUGUGGACUUUUAUUUUGAAAAGGUAAACCGGAUGCGUAUUGAGCAGAGCGGGGGAUGCGGUGGAUUGAAAAGUGGCAAUUGGCUAAUAAAUAAAGUAUUCCAGAUCACGGCGAUACUGAUUAUUGUAUGCUGCUAAUAUGUGUGCUGUAACAGCUAACCAAAAGGCACAACUAGUCCACAAUGCGUUCCUCGUUAUAAGAAGGAUGUAGGAUGUUGAACGGGAUGUUGUUAUGCUAGCGAACCGAACGUUAGCUAGUUUAGCUAAAACAGCCGUCGUUACUGUAACGUUAAACGUCAAUAGUAGUGUAACGUCGUCCGUGAACAGUCGUUUUCUUCUCCACAUUUAGAAGAUGUAUAAAUCCACCGUGUCAGACGCAGUGUGUGGCGAAGACGCAGAUAAAUGUUCCAUCUGUCUGAGCCCGUUCGAAAAGCAAAGAGUCGCCUCUCUGGAGAAGUGCCAGCAUGUAUUCUGCCUUGAAUGUAUCCUCCAGUGGUCCCAGACAGCCACUACGUGCCCCGUGGAUCGGAUCAGUUUUGACUUCAUCCAGCGGAGACGUUGUCCCGGAGGCGCCGUCCACGAGAAGAUUAAAGUUAAGGCAAAUAAAAGGGAAGAGGAUUAUGAUGAAGAUGAAGAAGAAGAAGAGAGAAACGACACUGUCAUCUGCGAGGAGUGUGGACGCGGCGACCGCACGCACCAGCUGCUUGUGUGCACGCGCUGUGAUGCAGGCUUUCAUACGGACUGCUUGACGCCACCAUUGGACGGCGGCCCUGGAGGUGACUGGAUUUGUGCUCGGUGUGCAGUCACUCCCCAGCACGCGGACGAGCUCACGGUGGAGGCUGAGAUCAGUGACGGAGAACUAACGGACCUCCUCGCCGAAGCGGAUGGAUCCGCGUCCACCAGCACUCGCCUCCGGCCGUCCUCGCUGCAUCGCCCCAGCAGCUCCCCCGAUCGCCGGCGCAGUCAGAGGGUCCCGAGCUCAGCCGGCGCCGAUCCUCCUCCCCGGGCCCGCAGCUCCCGGCAUGUACCUCCAUACCUGUUGCGGCCCACAGAGCCUGCAGGAACAACAGCACCAGCAGCAGCAGAAGGAGCUCCCAUCCGCCACAGUGCUGCUUUCAAGUUAAAGAGGAGAAAGAGAAGGAAGCGCGCUACUUGAUCUCCCGACACCAGGAGGGUUUUGCGUCUUAUUACUUCUUCCUACUAAAUGACCACAUGGGGGCAGCGUUGGGUUAUGAACAUGCACCUGAACUGAGGAAGAAGUUGUUCAUUUAUCUAAUGUGGUUGAAUGUUUUUAUUUCGUUAAAAACAUGAGGCUGAUAUUAUUCUAUACGUCUUCUAUUCUUACUGUGAAUAAAUCCCAUGAAAGUGCCAAAACCAGCAAUCAACCUCUGAGUAAUGUAAACAGGGCCGACCCGUAGCAUUCAGCCCUUUAGUUACUGAAGAAGUAAAUCUUAAAGUUCGCGUCAAAAUGUGAAUAUACAUUUUUAUCAGUGAGUGUGAAGCAACUUGUUUUUCUGAGACUCCUCUGCUCUUCUGCUGGAUUCCCUCAUCCUACCUCCCUCAGAAGCUCCGAGACGUCGCCUAGCAACACCGACUGUAGUCUCAUUUCUCAGGCUCUUGUUCAGUCGUAUCAGAUUGAGACAGGAGACUGUCUCAGGUCUGUUGUUUCUGGUGAUUUGAUAUAAAGAUCCCUCAUUUGAUUUACAAAAUCAAUUUUCUGUUUGAUCAUCCGCUCGAAAAUUACAACCUGUUUCUGAGAGAUGAAAGAAAAAAUAUAAAUGUGGCGACAAUAAAUGCUUCCACCAAAAUAACACCCUGAUAUUACAGUUUAGUUAAAUAGCUCAUACUUAUCACUGUU